UCAAGAAAUGUUAAAACUACGGGAUUUGUCGAGUAGUUUGGAGAAAAGCCGAGUCCAGCGUGCUGGGCGAUGAAGGCUCACCUGCUAUCGGCGAGCGAGGCCACGCGCACUGUCGAACUAAUCGCCUCAUAUUUAAAUUGCCCGAUAAAGAAAAUCGUCUCCGAUGAAAUCGCAGAGCGGAGGCUCGUCCUUCUGAGUAUAUACGAAACACCGCUCCACAGCGGUCCCCUGGCGUACUAUUUACUAUAUAAGACGAGACCAGAAGCUGACGAAGGCUCAAUCAAAGACAUGGCGUCCCUGUGACUCUUCCGAUCCGUCCCGCUAGUUUAUCAAAUUUUUUCGGACGUUCCAUUUUCAUCUAGUCGUCGUCUUCCUUGGAAAAACAAAAACUGAAAAUGUCCGGAAACAGUCUUGACUGGAGGCAAAAAAUUGCUAAAGUAUGUAUAGCGCAGCGGUACGUCCUCGGCCUUAUGGGAUUUCUCGCAGUGGCGAAUGCUUAUGCGAUGAGAGGCUGCCUCAGCCUGGCCAUCACAGUGAUGGUCUACCACCCUCCGUCGUCGAGCAACGCCCACUCAGAUCCAAACGCAUGUCCUGGAGAGUUGCCAACGAAAAACACCACAAACUCUGAUUACGAAUUCGACUGGAACGAACAGACGCAAGGGCUCAUACUUUCCGCCUUCUACUGGGGUUACGUACUCACCCACAUCCCGGGAGGCCUCCUCGCCGAAAGAUUCGGCGGUAAGCACACGGUUGGCUUAGGGAUACUAGGCACUGCCGUGCUCACUCUGUUGACCCCUCUUGCAGCACAGGCCGGCCCGAAGUGGAUGAUAGCCGUCCGUUUCAUGGAAGGGCUUGGAGAAGGGACAACAUUUCCAGCUUUAAACGCAAUUCUUGCACAGUGGGUUCCUCCGAUGGAAAGAGGAAAACUAGGAGCUUUGGUUUUUGCAGGAAACCAAAUUGGUACAGUAGUCUCUAGUGCACUUACUGGCCUGUUGCUUAAAUAUUGGCAUGGAGGAUGGCCAAAUGUCUUCUACUUAUUCGGCACACUCGGAGUCCUCUGGUACAUCCUAUGGUGCUUAACAGUCUACAGCGAUCCAGACUCUCAUCCCUAUAUUACGCAAGAAGAGAAGGACUAUCUCAAGGAGACUCUGGGAUGUCUCAAAAGGCGAAAGAACUUAGGACCGACUCCAUGGCUAUCAAUGGCAAUGUCUCUACCUCUAUGGGCACUGAUAGUAGGCCAGAUCGGACACGACUGGGCCCUCUUCACUAUAGCUGCAGACCUCCCUAAAUACAUGAAGUCAGUCAUGAAGUUUUCAAUUGCUCAAAACGGCUUUCUCAGCGCGCUACCGUUCUUGGUCAUGUGGUUUACCGCUAUCGGUUCAGGUUGGCUCUGCGACUAUCUCCUUCGGAGGAAAUGCAUGGGGUUGGGAAUGAUCAGAAAGGUGUUUACCACGAUAGCAUCCGUCGGACCCGGCCUUGGCGUUGUUGCGGCCUCGUACGCCGGCUGUAACAAAGUCGCCGUCGCCACUUUCUUCACCGUAGGCAUGGCUUUCAUGGGCUUUUUCUACCCGAGUCUGAAGGUGAACGCGCUCGAUCUAUCUCCGAACUAUGCCGGGACUCUGAUGGCUCUUGUAAACGGCAUCGGAGCGAUAUCUGGGAUCAUCACGCCCACUCUCAUCGGCUACUUGACGCCAAAUUCGACUUUGCUGGAAUGGAGAAAGGUUUUCUGGAUUUCAUUCGCUGUGGUCGUCGGUACUAAUAUUUUCUACGUAAUAUUCGGUUCUGGUGAAGUCCAACCCUGGAACGACCUCACGGCCCCAUCUGUUGACGAAACGGUCUCAUGGAAAGCGAAACGGUCUCAAAGUGAAAAAAAAGAAAAGAGUAAAGAAAAAGAAGAAGUCAAAACAAACAACCUAUAAAAAAACCCUGCAACUGUUAAUAUAUUAUUAGUACCUCGCUUUAUGUAUAUAUUGUAUGUAAAUGUUUUCUCUACAAAAAAUAACAAACUUGGCAUUUAAACGAUCUUUAAAUAAUAGGUUUUUUAUUAGAGUUAGAUUACGAAAAAAUCGGAAAUUCGCAGAUAGGUGUUGUUUUGAAUGAAAUUAUUUGUAAAAAUAUUGCAAUCUAAACUAAGAGAAUUAUGAAUUAUCAAUUAUGUACCAUUGGCUUUAAUUUUAAUGUAAUUUAUUUAUGUACAAAUUUGUUUUGCAAUUAUAAUUUAUUUUUACCUAAAUUAA